AUGAGUCUGAGUAAAUCUGAUUACUUAUUUUUCAAACAAAGCUGUAAUCACAUGUCCUUGGCCAGGACCUGCCCAGCAUAUCAGCGGGAAAAAAGACUGAGGGAAUUGAUGGCAGAGUUUAACUGUACAUAUAGAAAAGCACUUACAAUUAUUGUAACACCUAGCUCUCCGGUGCAAGAGACAAACACCUCAAACAGUAAAAUAACCGUUUUAAGGUCGGAAGCUCCGCAAGUGCAGUCUACCUCAUAUAACCAGGGCCGCGAACAUGACCAGGUUACGUUUGCUCAGGUGAUUAAGACUGAGGCAAUAGCACAUAGCGAAUCGGAACCAAAACAUAACCUCCGGAUCAAGAAGACACCGCGGCUAGGUGCUAGGAGAGCUGUCUCCCCUGAACACCACGCUAAUUCCGUGGAUACAUCAACAAUGGUCCAUUUGGAGGCCAAGACACCCCCGAAAAAGGAAGUGAACUUUAGUGAAUUAUUAAAUAGACUGAAAGAGAUCAUAUUUUUAAGAAAUGCAUCUAUACAAGACAAGAUAAAGGAGGAUAAAGAAGAAAAAAGGCAAAAAUGGCGAGAUGAAAGGAAAAACUUAAAAAAAGCUCAGUAUGAUAAAGCAAGAUGUGAUCUUAAUGAGGGUAAAAAUGUUGAAAAAGAAAAAAUGCAUGCAGAAUCUAAGCUUCGUAAGGAAAAUCAUGAACUGAAAAGAGAAAUAAUAACAUUACGCAAGAGAUUUGAAGCCUUAAGAAAAAAACAUUACCGAAAGUCCAAAAAAGUUGACGAAUUAAAUAAAGCAUUCCAAGAAAUUAAAGAAAAAUAUCAACAAAUCACUACAAAACUUAAAGAACAUGACUGUACGAAAAAUGAAAGAGUUAAAGUGAUGGGCAAUGACAAUGUAACACCUACGAAGCAAGCAGAUAACUUCAUAAAAGAGAAUUUAACGCAUAUUGACGCCUCGAAAAAAACAGAUAGUAAAAAGGAAGCUACUGGAACACAAUGUUUUGACAAAAUCAGUGAAGGAAGAAUACAAAAAAUCUGUUGGAACGGAAAAGAACACUUUGAAAAAAAAUUGUAA